GAGAAAGAUAUUCACUCAGGCUUGAUUGGUCCAAUCUUGAUUUGUCAAAAGGGAACCCUCAGUACAAGUAACAGGCCAGUAGAUACCCGAGAGUUUGUCCUGCUUUUUAUGGUCUUUGAUGAAGAGAAAAGCUGGUACUUCGAUAAGCAUUCCAAAAGGACUUACAGUGAGAAGACCUCAGAAGUGCAAAAAUACCAUAAAUUCCAUGCCAUUAAUGGGAUCAUAUAUCACUUGCAAGGACUGAGGAUGUAUAAAGAUGAACUGGUCCGAUGGCACUUGUUGAAUAUGGGCGGGUCAAAAGAUAUUCACGUGGUUCACUUUCAUGGUCAGACCUUCACAGAAGUCCCUGGGCAUCAGCUUGGUGUCUAUCCUCUCCUUCCAGGCUCAUUUCGAACUAUUGAAAUGACACCACCAAAAGCUGGCAUGUGGCUUUUAGACACCGAAGUGGGGGAAUAUCAGCAAGCUGGAAUGCAGGCCUCCUUUAUCAUUGUAGAAAAAGAGUGCAAGUUACCAAUGGGCCUAAUGAAUGGACUUAUACUUGAUUCACAGAUCAGUGCUUCUCAUCACAUAAACUAUUGGGAGCCUAAAUUAGCUAGAUUAAACAACGCUGGAAAAUAUAAUGCUUGGAGCACUGACAUGGAGCAAAGUGAAAUUCCAUGGAUCCAGGUGGACCUGCAAAGGCAAGUUCUGAUCACAGGGAUACAGACGCAGGGAGCCAAGCAGUUGAUGAAGUCCUUGUAUGUCAAAGAGUUCUUUAUGACUUACAGCAAGGACAAACGGAAGUGGAUCACCUUCAUAGGAAACAGCACUGGGGGACAGAAGUUGUUUGAAGGUAAUUCAGAUGCCCAUGGGAUAAAAGACAACCAUAUUGAUCCACCUAUCAUUGCUAGGUAUAUUAGGGUUUAUCCAUCUGACUCGUACAACAGGCCUACUCUUCGCAUGGAACUCCUGGGCUGCGAAGUCGAAGGUUGCUCUCUGCCACUGGGAAUGGAAAAUGGGGAGAUCAAGAAUGCUCAGAUUACAGCUUCUUCCUAUAAGAAAUCCUGGUAUAACUCAUGGGAGCCUUCCCUCGCGCGUCUCAAUCAGCAAGGGAGGAUAAAUGCCUGGCAAGCGAAGGUAAGAAGCAAACAAAAGAAAAAACUGCUAAGUCAAAGCUGCUGCCAUUAGCAAAUGUGCU